GGCCAAAGAGCCCAAAUAUCCCCAACACCUCAGCCAGUGAGUGAAGCAUGCGAUGGCUCUGGCCGUUCUCAGUGGCUGCGGAUGCAUUGUCCCAACGGGGCACAGGUUUGCGUCCAGGUGCACCGCCAGCGGAGGAUUUGACGCUGCCACUCCUUCUGUGGGUGAAGGAGAACUGCGACCCCAUACUCGUAGACGACCAGGCGCUGUUUGUGCAGGAGAUCUCCGCUGGGAUCAAGGGUAUGAUCAAUGGCAGCCGGCACUUGCACCGGCGCUUUGCGCGCACGGGCUGGCUGCUGGGAAGCGUGUCCCUGGAGAACAUGGAUCCUGUGCUCCGGAAGUUUGCGAGCACCGGCUGGUUGCCCCCGACGGGCAUCAUGGCUUGGGAUGGCAUGUGCCGCAAGGUCUUGCUGCAGACCCGGAACUUCUACUAUGCCUGGCACCGCCUCCUGGAGGUGGCCGGGGGGCAGAAUUUCCAGCUGUACGUCGAGGCAGCGCUGGAUGCGGCCAACUCUUUGACCAGUUACUUCUUGGCCAAAGACGCCAGCGAACCCACCUACCUGCAGGAGCAGCAGCUGGCUAUGCUGCUGCGCUCGGCCAUUGCCAUGAACUCAGGCAUCCCUUCGAAUCCUUGCACCUGCCAGCUGUUCUACCAAGCGCUGCUGCGUCAAUCGGUGAACUUCUGGAAGGCAUGCUUCAAGCCGGAGCACUUGCGUCAAGGUCCUUCAGGAGAUGUUCGUCAUGAUGGCGCCCUGGACAACUUGGUGCAGGAAGCCAGCCCCUGCACUAUCAUCAAGGAGCACAGCUGGGACAUGUUUGUGCCGCCUUUGGAGGCGCUGCUGCUUCCUGAAGAAGACCAGCUCACCGGGAAUUUUGCUUGCCUCCCCAAGCGGAUUGUGACACUCAUGGUGUGCGGGCAGUACUGGCUGCACAGGGGCGACACCAAGAUGGCAAAGAGGCACUUUCACGGAGCUAGCCAGAUGCUGGUGAUGAGUAUGGACUGCUUCGACACCUCGAUGCAAAGCUAUAUCGAUGGUCAGGGCAACACGCACCUUCUGAACCUGCAGGAACUGUUUGCAUACUUGGGCCGCCUUGACCAAGAUGCGUCUCCUUUCGCUGGCUGGGAAGAAAAAAAGCGGCGUUGGACCGGAUCGCGGGAGGUCUUCUCGAGCAAGUGGCCGCCGCAGGAAGGCAAGCAGCGAACUUUGAUGAUGCCGCUCCUACAGAACGCGGCAGUGAUGCCGCCUCUGUGUUUUGACACGAACGGAACGCUACACCUUCGGCUGUCAGGCUAUGGGGAUCGAAGGCUGCAGCUCUUUGACUGGACGGGCACUUGGAGUUUGAUGCCAGUGCGGCCGUUGGCUGGCCUGAUGCAGAAGACGGAGACCAAAGCUGUGCUGAUCUAUGUGGACAACCCAGCCUGGGGAACUUUGGGGCACUGCAUUCACCACCUCACCGCGGUGACGUUCGCAACGCUUGGCUCGGCCUUGCUUCGGGGCGGGGUACCGGAGAUGCUGAAGCUUCGGGCGACCAUGCAGCUGUACCUCUACUUCCCCCGCCGCGGUCUUCGGGACGCCGGCUUCGAGGUUGGCCACUUCCGGAGCUCGCGCAGCGUAAUGCUUCCCUGGCUGUCUUUGCUCUCUCCACGGCCUCCACUGCUCAUGUCCGACGAACAGCCCCUCAUCAACCGCUCGGCACUGCCGCCUCCUUUGCAGGUGGCGGAUCUCCGAACCUGCCACGGUGGGGGCGUGUGGAUCUCCCGGACCGGGAAGCUGAGCCGCGAGGAGCUGGAUGCCUUCGUGCAGGUGGCUGGAAGUUUUCCCGGAUGGUCAGGACGAAGCAAGAAGGAGUUGCUUCAACUAGUCUGGGGUCAAGGACGCCAAGGUGAUGACUGCUUGCUGGAGCAAACUGGGUGCCUCCGUGUGCUGAUCGUGCGCCGCGGCGCAAUGGCACGAGGUAAACGGACAGUGGUGAACCUCCCUGAAGCUUUGAGCUGGAUCUCAGCGCAUUAUUCAGCGGACGAGGUUCGAGUGGCUGCUGUGGAGAUGGAGCAGUUCACCAUAGGUGAGGAGAUUGCGUUGGCACAGCUGGCAGAUGUCUUCAUCGGGAGCUAUGGGUCAGCGAUGUGGUGGCCAAUCUUCAUGGCAGAAGGGUCCUGCGUGAUGUGGCUGACUCCACACGUGAAAUUCUGGUAUCACAAAGGAAGGCCAAUGGAUCUAUCCGCGCCAGUUUGGAGCAACACGGGUGCCCUCGAAUACCAGGGCCUGCGAAAGUUGAGGCACGUCCACGUGGGGGGCGGGCUGCCACCACAAGGCACCCCUGGGGAGUUUCAGCUCAGUGAGGAAGAGGAGCCUUGGACUUGAUUCAAAGCGUGCAGAGCGCUGCGGACUGGGCGUGUCUUGUUUUGGGAUUCGGACCCCAAAAUAGUGGCUGUUGCCAAGUUGUUUGUCCGCUUGAAGGUGUUGCCUUUCGCGAGCCAAGGAGAGGUCUGACCAGCUGGCAUUCCAGAAAUUGGACGUUUUCCUGGAUCUGCCAAAAUUUGGCAUCGCAUUCAGCGAAGCGGUCGCCAAGCUGUUCGCAGACCACGAUGUGGAA